AUGGGGAUGUCAUCUAUGUUUCCUAUUCUUCUGUUGCUUCUCUUCACGUAUGAGCUCCGAAUGGUACCCAGUGCAUCAGCAAUAGCAGUUAACAAAAAUCCUGAUGAGGGUAUCCUACUGGAAAUCAAGGCGAGCCUAAACCAGCAGCAUGGAGUCCUGGCUGCAUGGAACACAACUACUAAGUUCUGCCACUGGCCAGGUGUCAGUUGCAGCCUUAAGCACAAGGACAGGGUGACAGUUCUAAACCUCACCUCUCAGGGCUUUUCUGGCACAAUCACCUCUUCCAUUGGCAACCUCACAUUCUUAAGAAUUCUGGAUCUCAGCUCAAACAAAUUGCAGGGUGAAAUUCCAGUAUCAGUUGGCCAGCUGCCUCGGUUGCAGCAUUUCAAUUUGUCUAACAACAUGCUGCAUGGUGAGAUAACCACCCAGUUAAAGAAUUGCACCAGUCUUGAAAGGAUCGAACUUGACUCGAACUUUUUCACGGGAGAAAUCCCUGCCUGGCUUGGAGGCUUACCACUCAAGACUUGGGAGUUCACCGGAAGUGUGCCUCCUGAGAUUGGAAAACUUUGCCCAGACUACAUCUCUUUCGACACAAAUCAGCUCACGGCGACAUCUGCACAAGACUGGAAAUUUGUUACAUUCCUGACAAACUGCACAAGGCUUCGUAUAUUUGACGUCCAAGACAACAUGCUAGGUGCCAUGCUACCAAGCUCUGCUUCAAACCUAUCAGCACAACUCCAGGUUCUUUUUGUUGGAUACAAUGAGAUUUCUGGAAAGAUACCAUUUGGCAUCAGAAACCUUGUUGGGUUAACUCAGCUGGAGUUAUCCAAUAACCGAUUUACUGGUGUCUUGCCUGAGAGCAUUGGAAUGCUAAAUUCACUGUCCAAUUCCGCAAGAAUUGUGUCUCAUGGAUGGUUGAAAGGAUUGUAUCUUUCACGCAACAAUUUGUCUGGGAGUAUACCAGAAACCUUUGAAAACAUGACAUCGUUGGAUAAACUAGACCUGUCCUUCAACCAUCUGGAUGGUAAAGUUCCAUUGCAUGGGGUGUUCAGUAAUGUGACUGGGUUUCUAUUUGAUGGCAAUCUUGGGCUCUGUGGUGGUAUCCCAGAACUACAUUUGCCUCCAUGCCUGCAAAAUUCCAUGGACGACAGAAAAAGGAAAGUUGCUCCCAUUUUCAAAGUAAUAUUACCAAUUGCUGGCAUCCUUUUUUGUUUCGGUUUGUUACUUAUUUCCAUUUCAUUAAAGAAGAAACAAAAAACUCGGUCUACAUCACUGACAGAGUUACAUCUGAUGGAUGACAAAUAUCCUAGAGUUUCAUAUGCUGAAUUGCUCCAAGGAACAAAUGGAUUCGAUACUAACAAUCUGAUUGGCAAAGGAAGGUAUGGAUCAGUGUAUAAGUGCAGCUUGCUACUCAAAAAUAUGAUGACUACAGUUGCUGUGAAGGUUUUUGAUCUUCAACAACCUGGCUCUUCCAAAAGCUUCAUAUCUGAGUGUGAGGCACUUACGAAGAUCCGUCAUCGUAACUUGAUCGGCGUCAUAACUUGCUGCUCCAGUUCUGACUCGACCCAGAAUGACUUCAAAGCACUUGUGUUUGAGUUUAUGCCAAAUGGAAGUUUACAUAGGUGGUUACAUCUAGAUGAGCAUACAUCACAGCAAUGGCAUGGUCUGACAUUGACACAAAGAUUGAAUAUUGCUGUUGAUGUUGCUGAUGCCCUCGAGUAUUUGCACAACAGCUGUGAACCACCAAUAGUUCACUGUGACUUGAAGCCAAGCAAUAUUCUUCUUGAUCAGGAAUUGGUUGCUCAUGUUGGGGAUUUCAGCCUUGCAAAAGUUCUUCCUAAUCCAGCAAGAGAAUAUGGAGAAGGUGGUCAAGUUUCUCCAUGUGGUGAUGUAUACAGCUUUGGAAUUGUCAUCCUCGAGUUGUUUACAGGCCUGACACCUACUGAGGACAUGUUCAAAGAUGGGUUAACCUUGCAAAAGCAUGCUGAGAAUGCGUUUCCAGGGAUGCUGAUGAAUAUUGUUGAUCCCAUCCUAGUCUCUGACGAAGAAGCUCAUGCAUCUACUUCACAGGGUGCAAGAAAUGCAAUGGAAGAUAUCAACAAGGUUAUGUUAUCUAUCACAAAACUUGCGCUAUCAUGUAGCAAACAUGCACCAACAGAAAGAAUCAGCAUGAGGGAUGCAGCAGCUGAGAUGCCCAGGAUAAGGGACACCAUCCUAUAA